CCUGAGUGCCUGAGGUAGCGAUCCUACCUGUGUAUCAACAAGAACAGCUCACUAUUGACAAAUUCAACAGAGCAACAGAUUCGACAGUCUCUAGCAUAUGCAUCCCGAAUGCACUAAUAGCCGAUGCAUUAGUGCCCCUCUGGUCAUGAGGUACCACCGCGGAAACUCCAAAUGGACAACUCCAUUCAAUAUCCGCUAGGAAUCAAGCGUCAAGAUGUGGUGGGACUAGGCAUCACAGCAUUAGUCGCCCGUCUUGAUGCUGUUAUCAAGUUCGGCCGGCGUACUGAGCUACCAUUGCUCGAGAGAGAAAAGUGCAUCUAUGAGCGCCUCGGAAACGAUCACGAUGGGGUUCUCCGAUAUUAUGGAAACCUAGGGGACGCUCUUAUCUUACAAUAUGCCUGCCAUGGCUCUGUAAGACAAUACUAUGCCAGCCAAGCCAAGCCGGUGUCGCUCUCACUAAAACUUGCCUGGGUUGAACAGAUCACAGCUUCGGUCGCUUUUAUCCAUUCCAGAAAUGUGUUACACGGGGAUAUCUCCUGUAACAACGUCAUGCUCGAUGAAGACCUCAAUGCGAAGCUUGGCGACUUUGCUGGGUCUUCGGUGGAUGGACAAGAUCCUCUCAUAUGCUAUGAGACCAGUCACGAACAUCCUGGAAUCAUAGGUAUCUCGACAAGAAGUGAGCUCUUUGCUGUUGGUUCUACUUUCUAUGAGAUCAUGACAGGAUCCAAACCAUACAAAGAGUUGUCAGAUACGGAGAUAAUCCGUGCAUAUAAAGAAGGGAAGUAUCCAAGUCUGGUCUCUUUGGCCGCGUUUAACGAGACUAUUUAUAAGUGCUGGACUCAAGGUUAUGCAAGUGUGGAUGAAUUAUUAGAGGAUGUGAAGGCCGAAGUUACUACCAAGUCCAAAACUAUGGCACCAUUUCAACCCUUUGCAUUCCGUCACAGCACCGCAUUCCCAGUCGUCCUUACUCUCAUGUCCCUGCUUCCUAUAUUAUUCUGGGCUAGACACCGUCGUUAAGUGGUCUAUGUCUUAAGGUUGCUUUUAGCAAAUAUUCAGGAUGACUUAAUCGGCAAGAUCAUACCUCUGGAAGCUCAGGCGGACAUUGAGGACACUCUCCUGGCCUUUUCGAUGACCCCAUCACAAGCACCUUACCACCUUUCCCUUUAGCUGUCGACGCAUCGGCGCAGUAAUGACCAUUUGCUUUGGCUUUGUCGCAUUCAUCCCAAUCGCGAUUAAGCUGAAUGUGCUUGGGGUCGGCUCUGCAUUUACUGAAAUAGUACGACUGGUCAAAGUAGUGACACAUCUAUUGGAUAUGAGAUUGAAAGGGUAUGAGGAAGUAAUUUUGGUUUGUUGUACAUUAACCACUCCGAGGUGUUUCUAGAAUGUAGUUUUCAAUACACACGGCAGACUUCUCCAGCUAUAUACCGUGAGUGAAUUGCCCUUUACGGUCCCAAUUUAGGCACCGGGAGCUUUAGUGUACUUGAUUGGUUCAUAGUGUUAUUACUGGAGAUAUUGAGUAGCUUGGGGCAAGGUAGACAUCAUGCAUUAGAAUAAUAUGCAGGUAGUUACAGCGCAUACAUACGCCAUGCUGAUAUAAAGUGAUCUGCG